AUCUCGAAAAUUCAAGAUGGCGUGUGCCUUCGAAAACGAUGCGCAGCCUUGAAUUGUACAUACAUAGAGGUUUACAAUACUCUCCGUUGAGAGCAUUUACUGAUAUAAUUCUACAUUUGAAUUUAACUGACAGUGACACUUAUGAUCUUUACAAGGGCGACAACUGCAGUGUUGUCGAAGAAGCUUUCCAAUCAGAUAAUCGCAUAUUUGGCCUUCUCAAAGGUGUUGAUCCAUGGAAAAGUCCUUAUCUUAAUGUUUUCAAUGAUACUGUAGUCGGAAUCUCUACUCUGUUGCCAUAUAGCGUAGAGGCUAAAGUUAUUAAUGUGAAUUAUGUUCGUAUGGGCAUUUUCAUAGCUGGUAUUCUCCUUUUUCUCUUUGCACAUCGCCUAGUACGCAACGCGGUAUUCUACUAUGGUAGUGGUUGUUCGUUUGGUCUUCUAGCUUCGCUACUGAUUAUUGUCUUCAUAUUCUACAGAAUGGCCCCAAAAAAACUAAUUGGCCUACCUAUUCUGAUAGGAGGCUGGUCUUUUUCGGUGUAUAUACUUCAUUUUGUGUGGAAAAAUUUUGCAGCUAUUGCUCUACAGUAUCAGACCUACUUGGCUGCUUACUUCGUCACUGUUAUGGCGAUAUCGUUUGCUGUUUGCUACAAGAGAGGGCCUCCAACCGAUAGCCGCUCGCAUGAUAUAGCAGAGUGGGCGUUGCAAGCAAUAUCGUUGUUGCUUAUUUAUGCUUCCUCUCAAGUACCAGAAGUAGCAAUUGGUAUAAUAGCUAUACUGCUGGCUUAUCAACUCGCUCGUCCGUGGUUAUGGUGGAUCGUAUAUGCAUUUGCUUGUGCAGUGGGUUUCAUCUGGUGGGUUCUAAGGAGGAAGGUUUUCCGACCCAGACCGACCCGUCGUUUGCUCACAAUGCAAGAAUACGAACAAGAAGGUCGGGAUGUGACGAAGCGAGAGCUAGAACGGUUACGAGAGUACUGCCGAAGUCCUGAGGCGGAUGUUUGGAGGAUUACAAGCAAAGUACACGAUCCGAGAAGUUAA